UUGGUGGAGGAUUGGGGGGCGUCUGCGCGUGGUCACUUAUUGGUCAAUGCCAGCAUGUUAUACGAACAGAAAGAUAGAGAGAUUCAAGAGGUGCUGUCACAGAAGCAAUUUAUGGCUAACUUGCUGCAGGAGAAGGAAGCAAUUAUCCAUUCACUGAACUCAGCCAGGUUUGAGCAAGAGAAUAAGUUGCAAGCAAAGCUUAGGUCGUUUGAACAUGAUCUGAACGUGAUGGGCCAGAUGAUCAGUGGGUAUAAGAAGGCUUUGAAACAAAGCCGUGCUUCUUUCAGUGAGUACAGGAAGGAAUUCCCUUGUAACAAGUCCCGUUAUCAUGACGUUCCAAAUGGUGGCGGUCCUGUCCUUAGCGUCAAUGAGUUGGAGAGGAAACGGUGGGAGGAAGAGCAGCAGAAACGUCCUGCAGCAACUGAGAUGAUUGAAAUUUCAAGCUUGAAUGGCUUUCGAAGCCUGAUGACUGGGAAAAGCGCAUCUGCCAUCUGUGGAGCAAAACUCUGGCUCCGUGGUCUCCGGGGAGCUGCUGAUUUGGUGGAGGAUUGGGGGGCGUCUGCGCGUGGCCGGAGCCGAGGAGGAUUGCGAGCAGGAGAGUGGAUGAAGGGUGCUUGGGUCAAUCAAGAGCAAAAUCUAUAUGUUCGUUCCUACAAGAGCUCAAUGAUGCUGUGAAAGCCAAGUAUGUUGAGGAGUCUCCAGCAACAAUGAUAGAUACAAACCCUUCAUUCUUUUCCCAGUUCACUGUUAUCAUUGCUACCCAGGUGUGUUUUCGUAUAUUCUCAAGAUAAGCUGCAAAAUCAGCGAUUAAUAUGCU